ACUGCUGUCUAUGCCCCAUGUUUGCCUUCCAAGUUCAGAUCAGUCAGCCGUUCAGUCAGUUAUUCAGUCAGUCAGCCAUCUCCUGUUUUCGUCAUUCGUCCCUCACAAUAAACACCCUGAAUCUUCACCGUAAGCCCAUCGUCGAAAACAUUACAGAGGCUAUCUAUUGUAGCAGAAAGACUAUCUGUGUGAUCAGCCAGCAUUACCUGCAAAGUGAGUGGUGCUCCAAAGAAAUCCAGAUGGCCAGCUUCCGUCUCUUCAAUGAGCACAAGGAUGUGAUGAUCAUGGUGUUUCUGGAGGACAUACCAGCCAAGCAGCUGUCUCCAUACUUCCAAAUUAGGAGUCUGGUGAAGAAGCGUAGCUACCUGAGUUGGCCACAGGCUGUUCAGCACACCUGAGUCUUCUGGCAGAAAAUACAACAAGCUCUCAAGAGAGAAGAAAACCCUGCUGAGCACAGGUGCCUCCUCACUGGCUACCAGAGAGUCAUCCAGUGAGAUUUAACCCAGGUGGAAAAAUCACAGAUUGUAUAUAUAUAUUGUGUAUAUUUAAACAGAGCGGUCACGCUAAUGCAGGAGUGGCUAAAAUGCAUUACUUCUAAUGCCCAGCAGGGGGAAACUCCUCUGGCUUCAAUAAGGUUGCUUGUCGAAGUCUAUGGGUAAACAUGGUAGCUUCUGGAUCAGAGAGGUGAAGCUUCUGCAGAAGUGGAUAAACUUGCAGUACUUCUAAUGCCCAGCAGGGCUCCUGUGGUUUCAAUAAGGUUGCUUGUAGGUGUCUAGUGGCAAACAGCCCUAUGGUGCCUUGACCUGUGACCUCAGCAACACUUUGUUGUCUGGUGGACUUUCCUGGAGUGUAUGGACUCAGUCAAAAGUGUCAAGUCUUAUUUCAUGUUGUCUGUUUUAUAAAUGUAGAACUCAAUGUAACAAGAACUAUAUGUGCAUUUUUAUUAACACAUGUACACAAUUGUAACAUAUUAACGUGUUUGUUGUGCUCAUCCUGUCAGGAGUAAAUAUACUAAAUGACAUUUCUUGCCAUAAAAGUGUGAAUAAACUUUUUUCAUAGUUGA